UUUGCAGGAGACAACUUUGUCAGUUCUUUAUCAAAUUUUGUACUUUUUAUUUUAUUACUUUCAGAAAAAGAUUCUCUACAAUUUCAUAAGAAAAAAUAAUAUUUUUUAGAUCCUGUGGGGAAUUUUCAGAUUUGGGGUCUGAACCCUCAAAUGAUUAAUAAAAGAAUACAAGUUAGCAAUUUCGUAAUUAAAAUUUUCAGAAAAGUCUGUUUAAACACAAGAGCAAAUAAUAAUAAUAAUAAUAAUAAUGUUGAGUGUAUCUGCAAAUUUCUAGUACAUAUAUUAAUCUUUUAACACAAAAUAAAAAUUAUGAUAGUUUUUUAAAACAAUGUAACCUUUAUUAGUGUUCAUAAGUAGGAAAAGUUUUGCCUAAAUAAUUCUUAACAUGGGAAUAUGUUCAUAAGGAAGACCAGAUGUUUAGUGUCCAAAAUAGUUAAAAAUCUUGAAAUAGACGUGAGUACAUAAGGAAGAUUAACUAUACCACUGUUGCCUUCAUUUAAAAAAUAUGGAAAAACGUAAAGAACAUAAACCAUAUCAAUGUUCAGAGUGUCUGAAAUGUUUUAGUAGAAAAGAACAUCUUGCAAAACAUAUGAGAGUACAUACAGGAGAUAAACCAUAUCAAUGUUCAGAGUGUCUGAAAUGUUUUAGUGAAAAAUGCAAUCUUGUGAAACACAUGAGACUACAUACAGGAUAUAAACCAUAUCAGUGUUCAGAGUGUGUGAAAUGUUUUAGUAUAAAAAGCAGUCUUGUGUCACAUAUGAGAGUACAUACAGGAGAUAAACCAUAUCAAUGUUCAGAGUGUCUGAAAUGUUUUAGUAUAAAAAGCAGUCUUGUGUCACAUAUGAGAGUACAUACAGGAGAUAAACCAUAUCAGUGUUCAGAGUGUCUGAAAUGUUUUAGUAGAAAAAGCAGUCUUGUGUCACAUAUGAGAGUACAUACAGGAGAUAAACCAUAUCAAUGUUCAGAGUGUCUGAAAUGUUUUAGUGUAAAAAGAUAUCUUGUCAAACAUACGAGAGUACAUACAGGAUAUAAACCAUAUCAGUGUUCAGAGUGUCUGAAAUGUUUUAGUGAAAAAAGCAGUCUUGUGUCACAUAUGAGAGUACAUACAGGAGAUAAACCAUAUCAAUGUUCUGAGUGUCUGAAAUGUUUUAGUGAAAAAAGAAGUCUCGUGACACAUAUAAAAGUACAUACAGGAGACAAGCCAUAUCAAUGUUCUAAGUGUCUGAAAUGUUUUAGUGUAAAAGGCAAUCUUGUGAAACAUAUGAGAGUACAUACAGGAGAUAAACCAUAUCAAUGUUCUGAGUGUCUGAAAUGUUUUAGUGUAAAAGGCAAUCUUGUGAAACAUAUGAGAGUACAUACAGGAGGUAAACCAUAUCAAUGUUCUGAGUGUCUGAAAUGUUUUAGUAUAAAAAGCAGUCUUGUGUCACAUAUGAGAGUACAUACAGGAGAUAAACCAUAUCAAUGUUCUGAGUGUCUGAAAUGUUUUAGUGAAAAAAGUUAUCUUGUGUCACAUAUGAGAGUACAUACAGGAGAUAAACCAUAUCAAUGCUCAGAGUGUCUGAAAUGUUUUAGUAUAAAACACAGUCUUGUGUCACAUAUGAGAGUACAUACAGGAGAAAAACCAUAUCAAUGUUCAGAGUGUCUGAAAUGUUUUAGUGUAAAAUGUAAUCUUGUGAAACAUACGAGACUACAUACAGGAGAUAAACCAUAACAAUGUUUAGUGCCUGAAAUGUUUUAGUAUAAAAAGCAGUCUUGUCACAUAUGAGAGUACAUACAGGAGAUAAACCAUAUCAUUGUUCAUAAUGUCUGAAAUGUUUUAAUAUAAAAAGAAAUCUUGUGACACACAUGAAAGCACAUACAGGAGAUCAAUGUUCUGAGUGUCGGAAAUGUUUUAGUGAAAAAGGCAGUCUUGUGACACACAUGAGAAUACAUACAAGAGAUAAACCAUAUCAAUGUUCUGAGUGUUUGAAAUGUUUUAGUCAAAAAAGCAGUGUGACACAUACACGAGUACAUUCAGGAGAUAAAACACAUUAAUGUUUAAUGUUUCAAAAAUAUUUGUUAUAAAUUCAUCAGAAUAUAUAAAAGGGAUAUACCCUAACAGUGUUGAGAGUGAAAUAUGUUAAUGAAAUGUCAGUCAUACAAAUCUUAUAAAUUCAUAGAGGAGAUAAGUUGUAUUAAUGUUCAGAAUAUCUUAUAUAUUUUAUAAAAAGAGCAGUCUUAUGUAUUCACAAGAGCUAAUAUAGAGUAUAAACAGUAUAUAUGGAAAAUACUCUAAGGU